AUGUCUGAUAUCGAAGAUUUAUCUAAUAAUAAUUCAUCUUAUUAGCGCUUAUAACCAGAGAGAUACAGAAACUCUUUACCUAAAUGGAGAUUAAUGCUACAUAAAAUAGAUAUUUUCUCAGCUAUUCCUACUCCAAAAACAUAUCCUGUUAGUACCAGAAGAAGCUUAAUAGGAACUUUCAUUUUUAUAUUUUUAUUUACCACGUACAUCAUAUCUAGCUUUGUUUGUAUUAAUUUAUUCAAUUUAGUUUUUAUAAUUGACAAUGUGCCAAGAUUGAAUGAGUAUUCAUAAUUGGAUGAUUCAGACUCCUUAACUGUAGGACCUGAAAUAGCAAUGCAAUUUUUAUAUGGAAAGGAUGUCUUAAAUGAAUCAAUCACAAAUACUAGCAUUUUUAGUAUCACUAUGCAGCAGGUUAUUAAAUACUUAGACCCAGCAAAAUAAGAUAAUUCCUCAACUUAAAUACCUUUAAAGAUUUGUUACAGUAGUGACAUUGAAUGGAUGCCUGAAAAUGCCUCUAAAUUAGCUUUUCUAUGUCCUGAAGUUCAACUUAAUUUAUCUGGUCAGUUAUAUAAAUCUGAAGAAUUUAUUUAUCCAAGAAUACAGAUAGAUUACUGUCCAUAUUUUCAUCCAGAGAAGAAACUACAAUGUGAAACUGAAGCAUAGAUUAGAAAAGUAUAUUCACAAUAUAUUUAUUUAGACAGUUGCAGGAGGAAGAUUGUUUCUGUAUAUUAAAAAUUAAGCACCAGAAGUUAAUUUUGUAGGCAAGAAAACUUAAGGAUUAAAAUAUUAAGUUUUUUAAUACUUUUUAGUACCAGGACUAUAUAAUCGGGCUGAAAUUGUUUUAUAAAAAUAAUUAGUAUCGAUGAGUGGUGACUAUUUAACUUAAUUUUCAACUAAACAUGAUGAAUUUUUAUUAGUUAAUAGAUAAUAUUUGUAUGUUACCAAUGUAUCCUAAAAUGAUGUUGGUAGAUAACCCACUGACAGUUUAUCAAUUUAUAAAGGAUAUUAGAUAUUUUUAAGAUUAGAUCAAGAGAUUAAAAUUAUAUAAGUUGUUAAAGAUACUAUUAUUGAUGUAAUCGCUUAAUGGGGAGCAUUUUAUGGAGUCUUAGUGGGUGCUUUUGCACUUUAUUUCCUAAAAUAUAAUUAAAACCAAUUUUAUGAAAAGAAUAAAUAAUGGUAAUUAAAUUCAUUUAUCUCAGGGCCAAUUUUGAUUAAAAUGAAGCAUUGUUUGAAAGCAAACAAUUAAAUGAAACAGAAGUAAAAUCUCCAAUAGAUUGAAA